AUGUCCAAGACGAUAGAGCAAUCCGCCGUGGCGCUGCCCGUUAACGUCGCAGAUGCUACUCCUGCACCGACUCCGUUGAAGAAGAAGAAGCCGUAUCCGUUCUGGCUCGGGGGUCUUGCUGCGACCAUCGCUGCAUCUAUAACCCACCCGCUCGACUUGACGAAGGUCCGGCUGCAGGCGACGGGCGACAAGGGCAUGAUCCAGUCAAUUAGGAAGACUGUACGCACCGCGGGUCCCCUAGGCCUGCUCGAUGGUAUCUCCGGGACGUGGCUGAGGCAGAUGACGUACUCCGUCUGCCGUUUCUGGGCAUACGACGAGAGCAAGAAACUCCUGGGAGCAAAUGAGAAGAGUCCAGCUUGGAAGCUCGCGCUGGCGGGUAGUAUGGCCGGUGGUAUUGCGGGCGUGGUCGGGAACCCUGGAGAAAUCAUCAUGGUCCGCAUGCAGGGCGAUUUCGCUAAGCCGCCCGAGAAGCGUUUGAACUACAAGAACUGUCUCGACGGCCUCUACCGGAUGGUUCGCGACGAGGGCGUCUCCUCACUCGCACGCGGUGUCGGCCCUAACGUUUUCCGUGCGAUCUUGAUGAACGCGAGCCAGCUUGCCUCGUACGACUUCUUCAAGGCCGAAUUGUUGAAGACAGGCCACUUCGAUGACAACAUUUAUGUCCACACGACAGCAAGUUUCGCAGCGGGUACCGUGGCCACCACCGUCUGUUCCCCCGCGGACGUACUCAAGAGCCGUAUCAUGAGCGCAUCAGGCUCAGAGAGCAAAUCGACCAUGCAGAUGAUCCGGACGUCCAUGCGGAACGAAGGCGCGAUGUUCAUGUUCAAGGGCUGGGUGCCGGCAUGGACGCGUCUGCAACCCACGACGAUGCUCAUCUUCAUCACCUUCGAGCAGCUGAAGCGCGCCGUCGACUGGACCCGCGGGGACCUCUAG